AUGAAGUCGAUUGGAUCCAGAAGAUUAGUUCGAUGCGGCCCACUGCUCCAGUUCUUCCAUUGUACUCAUCUUGCGGAACUUGCCACGACGUCCAGCACGGGAAGUUUUGAGGUGGACAUCUCACCAACAUUCUACAAAAUUAUUAUUGAUAUGAACGUAGGAUUUAGAGAGGUUUAUACAAUCCAUACUGAACUAAAAUCUGUGAAUUAUCACUUCAAAAAACAACUCACAUCCUGCAAUUCUUGUAACUCUUGCAUCAAUUCAUCUUCAUCUGCCACGUCUCCGAUUGGGGCCGAGAUCGCUUCAUUGAGUUCUCCAGAAAUUGCCAACCCGUCGGCGAUCUCAUCCAUCAAAUCGUGUACUUUAUCAAUAUCCAUCUUGGCAUGCUCCUUCUUCAAAGUUUCAUUUGUUUUUCCAAGAACAUCGAUGACUUCAUUAUGCAUUCCAACAUUCUCGAGAGCACCUCGUUGA